AACCGUACGUCAACCACUCCCAAACUUUCUUCUUCUUCUUCUUAAUUUGUUCCUGAUCAUCAUCUUGUAUUUCAGUUUAAGCUAAUUAAGAAGUAAUUAAGCACAUAUAUAUAUAUAUGGCUUAUUUAUCUUUGCCUGGAGCUGGUUGGUCAUCUUUGGCGGUGCGCCUGGCCUUUUGCAUCUUUCUGCUCUCGAAUGCCGGCGCUGCUGCUGCUGCUGCUCGCCACACCCAUCUGCAGGCGAGUAGCAAGGGGUCCAAUUCAAAGGAGAUCAUGAUCCGAAGAAAUCUUCUCGCAAAUCGACUUGGUAAAACCCCUCCGAUGGGGUGGAACAGUUGGAACCACUUCCAAUGUAAGAUUGAGGAGAAAUUGAUUAGGGAAACAGCGGAUGCAAUGGUGUCAACCGGGCUUGCAGCACUAGGAUACAAGUAUAUAAACCUAGAUGAUUGCUGGGCUGAACUCCAUCGAGACUCUAAGGGAAAUUUGGUGUCCAAGGCUUCAACUUUUGGUUCGGGAAUUAAGGCAUUAGCAGACUAUGUCCAUAGCAAAGGGUUGAAGCUUGGGAUUUACUCUGAUGCUGGAAAUAAAACUUGUAGUGGAAAAAUGCCUGGAUCACUAGGCUAUGAGGAACAAGAUGCAAAAACUUUUGCUUCCUGGGGGAUUGACUACUUGAAGUAUGAUAAUUGUAACAAUGAUGGCACUAGUCCAAAGGAAAGGUAUCCCAAAAUGAGCAAGGCUUUAUUGAACUCUGGUCGACCCAUCUUCUUUUCUCUAUGCGAAUGGGGAAAUGAAGACCCUGCCACUUGGGCCCCAAAAAUUGGGAAUAGUUGGAGAACAACUGGUGACAUCAAAGAUAACUGGAACAGCAUGACAUCUCUUGCGGAUCAGAAUGACAAAUGGGCAUCUUAUGCUGGACCUGGAGGAUGGAAUGAUCCUGACAUGCUUGAAGUUGGAAAUGGAGGCAUGACAACUGAGGAGUAUCGUGCACAUUUCAGCAUAUGGGCAUUAGCUAAGGCACCUUUAUUGAUUGGAUGCGAUAUUCGAGCAUUGCGAAAUGUGACAUUGGAAUUACUAAGCAACAAGGAAGUUAUUGCAAUUAAUCAAGACAAACUUGGAGUUCAAGGGAAAAAAGUUAAGAAGGAUGGGGAUUUGGAGGUUUGGGCUGGUGGUCUCAGUAAAAAGAAGGUAGCAAUAGUCUUGUGGAACAGAGGUCCAUCAAAGGCUACGGUUACUGCAUAUUGGUCUGAUAUAGGCCUUCAUCCAGCAACUGUUGUUAGUGCUCGAGAUUUAUGGGCGCAUUCAAUACAAUCAUCAGUGAAGGGAAAACUAUCGGCCAAUCUAGAGUCCCAUGCUUGUAAAAUGUAUGUCCUAACUCCCAAAAAGAUAUGAUAAUUACCCAAAGAAAUGGUGGUAUACAAGAGAAGAUCGAAGAGAAUAGGGCUUAACAUUUAUAGAUGUAUUUGUAAUGAUGAAGUGUUAAUGAGUUUAAAAGGAAUACUGUAUAAGUUAUCUGAUUCAAGCGAUAAACGGAAUGAAAUUUGUGAAUUGUCAAAGUAUUUAAUGCGUGACAUUAUCAACAGUGAGGAUUUGGUUGUCUAA